CGAAAAGAAAGUGGAAGAUGGCGACUCCGACAGCUCCUCGCUCUCCUUCGACUCUCUUACCUCAUCUGAAGACUCUCGGAUGCAGGAUUCAACUGAUGAGAUAGGAAAACGGAAACUCCAGCUGCGAGAUCACAUCGAGGACACAAUUGACCGCCUGCAUGGGCACGAGCGACAGAUUGAAAAUUCGGGUGCAAAGCAUCGCAAGGAGCGAGUGCAACUCUAUCGCGACAAGGAGGGUCCCAGCUGGGCAUACGAAGGCUACAAGCAGCUGGCUACCCGAAAAGUCAACGACGAGUUCAAGUUGGCAUCAGACACAAUCAAGAGCAGAAUUGCCGACUCUUUUGCUCGGCGUCGAAUCCGAUUCGAAUAUCUGGAGCGACACCAGAAGAAAAGAGCCGCCGUAAUCCUCGCACCGAAGCAGAAUCCAGUAUUGACGCGCACUGUUCAACCCGUACAAACGCAAAAUUCUGUCAUUGGGAUGCCAGAAUUACCUCAAGUAAACUUGAAGUUGCCGCUGCGACGUCUUACCAUGGAUCAACGCACCAUAUACUCGGCAACGGAGAACACGAAACUCGUCAUGCGUCCUGGACCAAAACCCCAAGAAAGAGCCGAGAGUGUGGCCUCAGUUGCGCUUCGCCAUACUGGAUUUCCUCCGCCCCCUAAAGUCACCAAUGGCAUUUUCCAAUGCCCUUACUGCCGGCUUGAAUUUCGAGCCCGUGAGGCUGAGAAGUCCCGAUGGAUCCAGCAUGUCAUGCUAGAUUUCGAGCCAUAUUUCUGCCUUUUCGAAGGUUGCGAAACGCCAUUCGAGGUGCCAAACUCAUUUAGCGGGCUGUUGAGCCACUUGCAGGAACAUCUCCCACUCCGUUGGCACGCUGACCUGCCUGGUGGCGAACACAAAGAAUUCGACGAUGAGGUGUUAUUUGAAGAGCACGUUAGGACCCAUGGUGGGGUUUCCGGUGAUGCUCUAGCCAUCAUGAAAGAAACCAGCCUCCGAAGAGCAGCAUUCUUGUUCAAGAGUUGCCCAUUUUGCGGAGGCUAUCCGGAUGUCAUCGAAAAGAAAUAUCCAAACCCAAUCGACACCGACGCUCAACUCGCGCUGCGAAGGCAUAUCAAGCAACACAUGCACGACAUUGCGCUAUUUCUUCCCCCAUACCGAGAGGACACUUUUGAAAACUUUGAAGAAUUCAACAGCUCCGCUGUGACCCGUCGACACAGUAUCGACAUGAACAACACAGAAGACACUGAAGAGUGGAGGGCAAUUUGUGACAACAAUGACUGCGACUGCAAGCACACGGAAAAGAAUUCUGCGGUAGAGGGAACGCACUCUGACUACUAUCCAUUUGCAGCCACCGCCGACGAUCCAAUGGAUAAUGUUCGCAAAGGGCGAAUAGACCCUAAAAUGGGCCAAGCAAUCGAAGAGGAUUCCGAUUUCUGGCCUUUGUUGUUGGAUGGGUCGAAUCUAUAUGACCGCUCCAAAUGGUUGAACGAGGAUUUCGGAUCUGAUGAUUGUCUGAAACCUUUCAUUACCGAGUUCUUUGCUCAGAAUUCUGGAUUUCUCCCGGAUAGCGAUUCCCCAGCUACGGUCUCAGAUGAGCCUCGGAAGAAAUCAAGGCUAGAGGAAGAGGAAGAGGAUUCCCCCCAGGACCAAGAAGCUGCCUUGGAGGCGGCCGAAGCCAACGCUUUACCAGGGGCGUUUGACCAAGCAACAAGCCUACAACCCGAGAUACGUCGCCAGAAAUACAAAAUCGCAUGGAUCUGUCCAAUACACAUCGCCUAUGCGGCAGCAAAAGAACUUCUCGACGAAAAGCACGCCGGCAGCGAACUUCCUCCGAGGAACUGUGACGUCGAUUACACCUUGGGCAAGAUGGGCGCCCAUUACGUUGUUCUUGUAUUAUGGCCCCGGAGGCCGUUGAGUUCUCAAUACCUAGAGUUUGAAGCAGAACGCCUGCUAAGCAUCUUUCCCAACAUCGAAAUGAAGCUGAUAGUUGGGGUUGCUGGCGGAACGCCAAGUCCACAACGAGAUAUGCGCCUUGGCGAUGUUGUCGUCAACACUAUGAGCAGUGCAAGCAAUGGACUCUUUUGUUAUGACUUUGACGAGACAGUCCGAGCUCGAAGAUUUGUAACAAAAGAGUUGAAAUACGUUACACCAGCCUUUGCCAGGGAGGUAACGGCUUACCAGAGCACGAGUAUCCCCAUCUCCGACCUCAAGUAUCCCUAUUCCCUUGCGGCAACAGAUGAAAGAUUUUCUCACCCCGAUGCGAAGAGUGACGUGUUAUACGCAUCUUACAUCAGACACCCCAACAAGCUUGUACCAUGUUCCGUGGGAUGUGGAUCUGACGGAACGAGGCUGGUAAGGAGGAAGGAACGAGUAGCUGAAGGCAUCAACCCGCUCAUCUACGAUGGUGUCAUAGCCUCUUCCACACACAGGAUGGAGGAUGCUCAACUUAGGGAUAGCCUGAUUGAGGAGAUGGAAGUUCUAUGCUUCGAAGCAUUUUCCGCGUAUUUGCCAUCUGACUUUCACGAUAUGAUAGUCCACGGUAUUUGCGAUUACUCGGAUAGCCACCAGUACGCUCAAUGGGAGGGAUACGCGGCAUUAACGUCAGCCUUGUAUGCGUAUCAACAGAUACUCGGCUUUGAUGGCAUGAGUCCUGAUGAGGAAGGCUCAGGCCCACUGGAGACAACCCCCGAUACACAACCACUAGUCCAUCUUGACGACGCUCAGCCGAAUGCUGAUGGCCCUAUCUCGGAUCCUAUCCCUGCGGCGGGCACAGUGAUGGUCCAGGCGCGAGAUGGUACGAUGCAUUCCUCCAGGGCAUUCGUGCAAAAUCACAGCUCCCAAGUAGGUAGACUGCUCCUUCUAGGAAUCAGUGAGACAUUUGCCUUAUCACUUGGGUACACAACGAGCAACUUCGAGGCAACUACGCACUUGACGCAGUGGUUCGAUUCAGGGGUGAUGGAAUCCAAUCGUGCCAUCACGUUGACGAUGAGAACCACAGAUGGAGAUGUUGGGGUGGGAGAUGCCGCCGUCUGGACGGGAGAGAAUAUUUCAUUUGACCUACUACUUGACCGCAGUAUUGUCAGUCGAUACGUUGUGCCCGAUGGCUCGGCCCCGAAAGAGAAGUCAUCCGCAGAACGCUACACAGCAACAGCUCAAUACGACUUCACAUCGGAUGAUGUCGACGAUAUUCAGUUUGUUGAAGGUGAGAAGAUUGUGAACAUCGACAAAGUGUCCGAGAAUUGGUGGUUAGGCACAAACGCGAAAGGUGAACGUGGCAUGUUCCCAAGAAACUACGUGACAGCUUUAGAAACAGUCACAGUGUCGAGCAUCACUGCGGUAGCAGAGUGGGACUUUGAGAAGUCUGAGGACGGUGAGAUUGGGUUUUCCCAAGGCGAAUACCUGACGGAUAUCACUAUGAACGACAGGGGCUGGUGGAUAGGAACUAAUGCCAAGGGUGAGACCGGUAUGUUUCCCGGAAACCGUGUGUAUGUCAUACUGGAUGGGCAGGCGUCGGAAGCGGAUAGGGCGUUAGUGACGCUGGGCUAUAAUAAGGCUUACGAAAAUGAGAUCGACUUGGUCAAGGGAGAAUGGGUUACGAACGUGGUAAAUGAGGACGAAAACUGGAUGGUAGCCACCAAUGCGAAGGGGGAGCGUGGUCUGUUUCCAAGUAACCAGCUUGGCCACCUCAAAAAGCAAGCUGGCACAAAGGCAAAGUAUAGGGUUUUGUUAACACCAGGUGUCUCGGCAGUAGCCCAGUGGGACUGGGAGGGUUUUGGAAGAAAGGAGAUUGGCUUUGUUCACGGCGACCUCAUUACGAACAUUGGGGAUUACCGCGACUCGUGGCUGGUCGGCACCACCGCGACGGGUGUACGCGGUCGAUUCCCAGGCAGAUUCGUGAGGCUCAUAACAGAAGCGGAGGCGGCUCGUCAGCGGAUCACAAAGCCAAACAUCUACAGGGACCAGAUGACCAUACAAGAAGCAAAGGAUAUAAUGAAGCCCGUGGAGAGAACUAUCUUCCCAUAUGAAGGUGUGGGCCAGAUCGAUCUAAGUUUCCCUGCAGGUGCCGAGAUCACAACUAUCAAACUGUAUAAGGAGGGUUGGUUAUCUGGUUACUACAAUGGGGAGUUUGGUAUCUUUCCAAUUGACUGUAUAUUUAGUUUCUUCUAGAACU